GAUUCAUAUUAAAUUGAAGCUUACCGUAUGUCAACGGUUCAACCAUUCGUUCUUUUCUUUGACGUUCUCGAAGAAGUAAAGUUGUGUCUCAUUUUGCAUUACACGUUUCGUGUCACAAAAAUACAGACUUAAAAAUGCGUUACGUGGCUGCAUACUUAUUGGCUGUCCUUGGUGGCAAAGAAUCACCAGCAACCGCAGAUAUUGAAAAAAUCCUCAGCUCAGUUGGUAUUGAAGCUGAUGCUACCCGUUUGGGCAAAGUCGUUGCUGACCUCAAAGGCAAAAGCAUCGAAGAAUUGAUCAAAGAAGGACGUGAAAAAUUGUCUUCAAUGCCAGUUGGUGGUGGUGCUGCUGCCCCAGCCGCUGCCGGAGUUGCUGCUCCAGCUGCUGAAGCCAAGGCUGAAAAGAAAGAGGAGAAGAAAGAAGAAUCAGAAGAAGAGGAUGACGACAUGGGCUUCGGUCUUUUCGAAUAGAUCCAUUCAAAUUCGUUUUUUCGCAUCGUUUGCGGUUAAUUUUUACACGAUAAACCAUCAAGUGUGUAAAAUGCUAUAAGUAUGUUGUAUAAAUUACCAUCUGCAACAAUAAUGUGGAUCCGAAACAACGGAUUAUUUCUAUGAAAUAAUUUUCAUGAAAAUAAAAUUAUCCAAAAAAAAAA